CCAAGCUAUCUGAUUUGUCCAAAUGAAGAAAAUAUUAGAAUCCCAAGAUAAAAUAGGCGCCCUCAUGAGUCAUGAAAAUCCCUUUCUUGAUUUGAUACAAAUUAACAUAAUGGGUUAUGGGGAGGGGAGCUGACGUGAAAAUGCCCUGGCUUUGUCCAGGGCUGGCUUUGUCUGUGACAUCAGCACUAAGGCAAGGCAUAAAACAGGCAAACAGGGGCUCUUUGGCUCACAGAGUCCAAUCAUCGGAGGAAGGAAGCAGCAUCACACUCCAGAACUCCUACUUGACACACAGCUGGACUCACACCUUGCUAAAUUCCGGCACCAGCCACAAGCCUUGGGGGAGCUGAAGGGAAUGAAACUGCUGGCUGCCUGCUUCAUGUACCUGCUGCUCAUCUGUCUGGCCCUGCCCAAAGCCGAAUGCCGACUCCACGAGCGAUCCAUGGAAAUCAGGAACCCUGAUAUCGACCCUUCCUGGUACACGGGGCGUGGGAUCAGACCCGUGGGACGGUUUGGCCGGAGGAGAGCUGUCGUGGAGAGCUCCCGGAAGUCGGGCUAUGGACACAGGCAAGCUUGCUUCCCUCUAGAAGAAAGCAGUGAAUCCCUUCAAGAUGAAUGAAAUGGCCAAGACAAAGAAUGAAUUUGAAUGAUGAUAAGAAAAGACCCUUCUCCUCUCUCCCUUCCACAUCCCAGCCUCUCUUCUAGGCACAUGAAAAUGUUUGGUCUCAUUUCAAUGUACAGUAUCUUUGUGGCUAUAAAUGAUAGAAACCAAAGAGCAGUUGAUAACUCCACUAUUUUUGCAGACAAUUUCCCUCUUGUCUGUUUUUUCUUUUUCUCUCCCCUGUUCCCCAUUUGUCCCCAUCUCUGGCUUUUGCUCUUAAAUCUAACGUGAUUUGUGCCAGAAAAUUGCUGGGGGAAAGAAAUACAAAUUCCCAUGUUAAUUAUCUUCCUAGAACAUGGGCUCUUUUAUACAAACCAAAAAAAUAAUAAAAAAAAUUGAG